AUCACACAAUCCUAUAUAGGGGAGGAUGCUGAUUGAAAAAUAAAGAAUUAACUCUAUGAAAGGAAAAACAAAUCUCCCUUUAUUACUCUUUCUAAUUUCUUGGCUUUAGAUAUGAAUGAUGAACGCACUACAAUGGAGUUGUUAAGCACUGGAAAUGCAUCUUACCCAACAGAAUACUAUGAUUACUCAAGUGAAGGUUAUGUUUAUCUCUGUGACAUUGAUGAUUUAAUCCAAUUUGGUACAAAGUUUGUACCAUUUUUCUACUACCUGGUUUUUCUGCUGAGCCUGUUUGGCAAUGGACUGGUCUUGUAUAUCAUUUUUCAAUUUGAAAAACUGACAACUGUAACCAACAUAUUUAUUCUCAACCUGGUCAUCUCCGAUUUGGUGUUCGCAUCUUCUCUUCCAUUCUGGGCAACUUACCACUCUUCUGAGUGGAUCUUUGGAAGUACAAUGUGUAAACUUAUGGGCAGUAUAUACUUUAUUGGUUUCUAUAGUUCCAUCAUGUUCCUGACUCUGAUGACUUUUGACAGGUAUCUCGCUGUGGUUCAUGCUGUAAUUGCUGCAAAGAGAAGGAGGAUUGUGUAUGCUUUAAUUUCAAGUGCUGUGGUUUGGGGCAUAAGUUUUGGGGCAACCAUAAAAGAGCUUGUUCUCUAUGACAUUAGAGAAGAUAAUGGAAGGGGUACUGUAUGCGAAGAAACUGGAUAUCCUGCAGACUUUAUGGAGAAAUUGAAGCUAGUGGGCUAUUUUCAACAAGUUGUGCUAUUCUUUCUACUUCCCCUCAUUGUUGUUCUGUAUUGUUACACCAGAAUAGUCAUCACAGUAAUUAAAACCAAAAUGAAAGAAAAGUGCAGGGCAGUAAAACUCAUAUUCCUCAUUGUACUGGCAUUCUUCCUGUGUUGGACACCAUAUAAUGUUGUGAUAUUUUUAAAGGUGCUACAAAUCAUGAGAAGCUCUACUUCUGUUGAUUGCAACAAUGACCUUGACUAUGCACUGUAUGUUACUCGUAAUAUAGCAUACUUAUACUUCUGCAUAAAUCCAGUGUUUUACACAUUUGUUGGUAAAAAGUUCCAAGGUCAUUUUAGCAAAUUGUUUUCAAAGUGGAACCCUUUCAGGAUUCAGCUUCAAAGCAGUCACAGUGGUAGGACUACUGAUCACAGAAGCCCUCAAACGUCGAUCUGAGUUAUUCAAUUGGAUACUGCAUAGUUUGUUAUGCCUUUAAGUGAUGAAUAAAAAACAUCAUCCUAUCAUAAUGAUAUUGUUUAGACAUUAUUUACAUACACACUGUAGUUUUGAUGUUUGUAUAAUAGGAUGGAUUCUUUUUUAUGUGUAUACAGUGUAACUGUCUUUUUCAUAAAUACACCAAAACUGUACAUAUUAGCCUGUAAUUCCAUCUUGGGUUUCUGAUGACACUGAUAAAUCACGUGUGCUAUUGCUUCCAUGAAUUUAUAUUCCUCCAGAAACCUUAGAUGGCGAUACUGCAUUAUCAUGUACAGCUGAAAGUACAUUAUUACUUAUAUUAAAUGAAAGAUCAUGUAUAACUUGAAUUGUGUGUUCAGCAUUUUAACAAGGAAAUGUUUUGACUAUGAUGCUUACUGUCAACAAGUGGCCAGCUACUGUACGUCCUGUUUGAGUAACCAAUAAAAAUAUUUGUAAGAAAUUCUAUUUGUAAAAAAGGUUCCUCAAAUCCUUUACAAAAUAAUGUUUCAUUAAGAUAGACAUGAUUUUGGAUUGGAAUAAUGGUGGUUGUCACAGUAUAGUUUUUUUUUUUUUUAAAUGUAAAUAAAUCUAUGACUAGAAAUGUC